AUGAAAUCAGUGAGAGAAGUAAAGAAAGAAAGGCAUACAUUUGUUUUUAAAAGUGUAUUCAUACAACCUGAGUACAUCCUCAUUGUCAUCUCAUGUUCGAGUCAUACAAAUAAGAGAACCAGCCAUUCAUUGGAUAUCUCACUGAGACAUCUUGCUGCCCAUGUAGGAAAGCAAUGUUGCAUACAGUAA